UUUCCCACAGGCACAUAAGAUCAUGGCCUUCAUCUUGACUUUGGAUGGUAAAUAAAGCUACAUACAUAUCAUCAUCAUCAUUGAGUGAAAGAUGUGUGUUUUGUUCUUGUGUGAAGCCAAACCCACAAGAACAACAACAAGGACAACCAUUGGAACCCAACAUAGUGCUGAACAACCUCGGUAAAUAACCAUGGACAGCACCGAAGACUCAUCAACGAGUUCACAACAACAACAACAACAACCAAACCUCCCACCCGGGUUUCGGUUCCACCCCACAGACGAAGAGCUCGUGGUUCACUACCUCAAGAAGAAAGUUGAUUCUAUUCCUCUCCCUGUUUCCAUCAUCGCUGAUGUUGAUCUCUACAAGUUUGAUCCAUGGGAAUUACCAGCUAAGGCAUCGUUUGGGGAGGAAGAGUGGUACUUUUUCAGUCCAAGAGAUAGGAAGUACCCAAAUGGCGCGAGGCCAAACAGGGCUGCAACUUCAGGGUACUGGAAAGCCACGGGGACAGAUAAACCCAUAUGCAGUGGAACUCAAAAGGUUGGGGUGAAGAAAUCUUUGGUUUUCUACGGAGGAAAGCCACCAAAAGGGGUGAAAACCGAUUGGAUCAUGCAUGAAUAUCGUCUCGUUGAAACCAAGCCUAACAACAGACCACCUGGUUGUGACUUGGGCCACAAGAAAAACUCCCUAAGGCUGGAUGAUUGGGUGUUGUGCCGGAUCUACAAGAAGGGCAACACACAAAGGUCAGGUAUGGAGCAGGAGAGGGAUGAUUCCAUGGAUGAGAUGAUUGGAGAAGUACCUUCUUCCAUGAACGUGGGCCACAUGAAUGCGAGAUUUCAUCUUUCAAAGAUGUGUACGAGCUACAGUAGUGCAUUGUUGGAAAAUGACAGAAACACGUUAGAAGGGGUGGUUAUAGGAAAUGGUGUGAAUGGGAUGAGCACUACUACUACUACUACUACUACUACAAGUGCCAAGCCAGAUCACCUUCCUUUUGCCCUUUCAAACAACACUUCAGCCUCCAAAAGAACACUCUCAACACUCUAUAACUGGAACGAUGAAAGUGAUGAAAAACACUUCAAUUUUGACAGUAAUGGGAAUGUGAGUGUUAUGAGGACUGAAGAGAACAAUGCUUCUCCUGGCUCCUUUGCUACUCUGCUUAACCAGCUCCCACAAACACCUUCAUUGCCUCAAAUAGGGUCUAUGGGAGAUGGGUUACUUAGGACACAAUACCAACUACAAGGGACUAAUUGGUACGGCUAACUCCUCUUUGGGAUAUGAUAUACGAUAUCAUAAUUAUAAUGCACAAGGAGAAGAACUGAAUACUAAUCCUCAAUUGUGCUAGAUUGCAAUGAUUUUAAAGGAUUAUUGAGCUUGUGGUUUAUUUGUCUUAGGAAAAUGGAAGCACGACGUUAGAGUACUCUAAUCAAUGUUUUCCUUCAACUAUUUGCAGGUAGCUCCAGGUAAUUAAUAUCACAUGAGGUGAGGGAGUGAGGCACAUGGUACUUAGUUUUAUUUAUAGAUUCAUAUAGAAUGAUAGGAUAGAGAUAUAGAGAUAGAUAUAGAGACAUAUAUUUGCUUGUUUUAUAUUGGUGUGUAAAGAAACAAAAGAAAGGGUGCUCUUUCUGUACAAAAUUUCAAGAGGGUAAGAAAAAAGAGUUAGCCUCUAAGAUACAAACUGAAGAAUGUACAACAUAUACUUCAGAAUCAAAUAUAUUUAUAUUUGUAGUGUUAUUUGUUUGUUGUUUGA